AAGGCUUUUAUGCCAAACAAAAAACUCACACAUACCUUCCUUCAAAGUGAUCCAAGGGACCAAAGCCGUCCACCAUCGCCACCCCCCCUCCCCUGUCUCUCUCUCUCUCUCUCUCUAAAUAGCAAGCACUUCAAAGGGCGGUUUCUGGAGAUGCCGGUGAUGGAUGGGUCGGCGAAGCCACCGCAAAUCUCGGAGAUGUUCCAGAAAUUCGCUCUGGCUUUCAAGGCCAAGACCUUCGAGUUCUUCGCCGACGAGGAAGAUUCCGCCGCCGCCUGCGGUGGAAUCGACGACGGCGCCGACGGAUUCACCCUCCUCGACUCCGCCGAAGAAUUCAUCCCCGACCAGAAAGUCGUCGUCAUUAAACCGGACCAAACCCACAGCAAAUCACCAGUUUCAAAGUCGGCUUCGGCUUCCCCUCUUCGGCCGACCGCUACCCAGUUGAGAGAAAGCGUUGUGUCGUCAAUCUUCGCCACGGUUUCGUCGUUCGAAGCCUCGUAUCUCCAGUUCCAGACCGCCCACGCGCCGUUCGACGAGGACGCCAUUAAAGCCGCCGAUAAAGCUUUGGUUUCUCACCUCCAGCGGCUUUCCGAUGUGAGAAAUUGGUACAGAGAUCUUCGGAAGAAUUCUGAUUUCAACGCCGAGUUGUCAAUUGGGUCUUCCUUGGAAGCUCAGGUGCAGGAGAAUCAGAGCAAGCUUCGAACAUUGGAGACCGCAUUCAAUCGAUUGCAGUCGGAAAUUGAUGAGAAAGACGACAGGGUUUCGGCUCUGAGGCAGGAAGUAGACAAAAUUCACGUGGCUAACUCGAAACUGUCCAAAAAAUUGCUGAAUUCAGCUCCGAAAUCGAAAGCAACCUCAAAUUCGACCAUGGAAGUUAUGUUGACGAUUCGGGUUUUUGAUUCGUUACUGAGGGAAGCUUGCAGAUCAUUGCAUAGUUUCACUAAGCUCUUGAUUGGUUUGAUGAAGAAAGCAGGAUGGGAUUUGGAUUUGGCUGCAAAUUCGGUCCAUUCCGACAUCGAUUAUGCGAAGAAAGGGCACAAUCGUUAUGCGUUUCUCUCAUACGUAAGUUUGGGUAUGUUUCGAGGCUUCGAUUCAGAGAGGUUUGGGUUGGAAGUAAGCGGAAUCGUCUCCAACGGCCAUGACUUGAAUUCGGGGAAAAUUAAUUAUUUGAAGCAAUUAGUCGAGCACAUAGCCUGCAACCCUAUGGAGGUUUUGAGUAACAAUCCGAGUUGCGAAUUCUCCAGAUUCUGCGAGAAGAAGUAUCAACAACUCAUUCACCCUACAAUGGAAUCAUCCAUUUUUAGCAAUUUGGACGAGAACGAAGUUGUGUUGAGUUCUUGGAAGUCCUUGAGUGCAUUCUACGAGUCGUUUGUUAAAAUGUCAAGCUCAAUCUGGUUGCUUCAUAAGUUGGCCUUUUCAUUCAAUCCCGGUAUUGAGAUUUUCCGAGUGGAGAGAGGCGUAAAUUUUUCGAUGGUGUACAUGGAAGAUGUCACGAAGAAAGGUGUAGUUCCAGGCAAGAGCAGGCCAAAAGUGGGGUUCACAGUAAUUCCAGGUUUUAAGAUUGGGGAAACUAUCAUUCAAUCUCAAGUUUAUCUCAUAGACAGUUUGAAUUGCACAGACUAGACUAGUAAUAAAAUGAGGCUACACUAACAAUGGUUGAAAAUUGAAAACUACUGAUGCUGCUGGGGAUUCAGAAUGAAUCUGGGUUGUCUGAGGUGCCUUGCCAAACCAUGCAAUCCAGAACGGCCACCUGCUGCUAUUGCUAUUGCUAUUGCUGAAUUCUAGUCUCUCUGUAUUGUUUCUCAAUUUGCUUGCUUUCUGUUGAAUGGAUGUAGAGGUAGCUGUAAAUAUGUUAUAUACUUGUUUGGCGGGGUGGAGGGGGCUGUUUGACAUGAGUAUACAUAUCACCAAAAUUGUAUGUAGUUCAGAGUUUCUAUGACAAGUUGUAACUGUGUUUCAAUUAUUUUUGUCAAUUGAAAUUGCUAAUUGGAUUAAUAAUCUGUCGCCUCUG